UGGGUUUUGUUUUAAUUUUUUUCUAAAUCAACUAAUCAAGGUCUGUAAUUCUUGUUUUGCAAACUAAAAUCAAGUGUAAUCUUGAUUUUGUGUAAGGGUAAAUUUAGCAUUAGAAAUAAUACUUCAAGCCUCUCCUUCUCUUUCCUUCCAUUUCCUCCCAUUUUUGGGAGGAUAAGAAAGUUACUAUUUAUGCCUUGUGUUAUCCUUCCAAAACCAUCCCUGCCCUUUCCUUUUCUUCCAAUCAUUUAUGCCAAACACAAAUUUUUAAUCACCCUCCAUCACCUUUCCUUUCCUUUCCUCCCUUUUCCAUUGCACCAAACUGACCCUAACUCAAACACAAACCCUACCUAACCCGCACCCAAAAAAAAAAAAAAGGCCACCUAAAAGUUUAAAUUACACCAGACUUCGAACUCUCGCUUGCACAAUCUUUAAGCUAGGUUUGGGGAACCAUGUUGAGGCAUGUGUAUAGCAAGUUAUGUUCACAUGGAGGUUAUAAAAUGAGGCCUUGCUUGAAUGCACAGACAAGUUAUUUCCACAGUGGACAGCUUUGUUUAGCACCAAGAAGCUUUUUUGGGGUGGAGGAUUUCCUUGACGAUGACAAUAGCCGGCCAUACACUUACCAGAAGGAGAAGAAAGCAAAAAAUCCAGACAAGAAGCAUGCGUCAUUCAAACAACGUACCAUAGCUUACAUGGAACCAUUUACACUGGACGUUUUUAUCUCAAAGCGGUUUGUUUCAGCCUCACUUACCCACAGGGUAACUUGUAAGCAGGUUGCAGUUGCUGGUACCAACUCUAAAGACAUCAAAGCUGCGCUCAAGUCGCGAUCUGAUAUACCUGCAUGUUUAGCCGUUGGCCGGAUUUUAUCUGACAGAGCAAGAGAAGCUGACGUGUACACCGCUUCUUAUACUCCAAGGGAGAGAGACAAGUUCGAGGGCAAGAUUAGAGCGGUUGUACAGUCCCUCAUUGACAAUGGGAUUGACAUUAAAGUUUAUCUUGACUGAACCAGUGAGUUAUCUUAGGACCAUGGGAAACUGGAGGUUGUCUUUCUGGAUUGUAGAAACAAAUACGUUGCCUGCAAUUUCUAUAGUUAUUCAGCUUUCGUGCACUGGGCUAACCCUUUUCUUUAUUUUGCUUUUGUGCAUUUCACGAGUAGAGAGGCUCUGCUUCAGCUGAAUCUUAGCUUAACUAACCUUGUUCAGUCUUGGUUCAUUUAGAACAUUUUGGAGACAUGUCCAAUUGAUAUUGUCAUAUAUUGUCAAGUUCUUGUGUCAA